CAUGCCCAUACAUUAAGAUCAAAACUUCCGGGGAAUAGCAGACCACGCAUUUGAAGAUGGCUGACUACUGGAAAUCCAAUCCCAGGAAGUUUUGUGAAUACUGCAAAUGUUGGAUUGCUGAUAAUAAACCGAGUAUAGAUUUCCAUGAAAAAGGAAAGCGACACAAAGAGAAUGUGGAGAAAAAGAUUGAUGAGUUGCGUAAGAAGGGGGUUGCGGAUGCCAAAAAGAAACAGUUUGAAGAAGAUGCAUUCAAGGAAAUGGAAUUGGCUGCUUUGGAAGCAUUUAAAAAAGAUCUGAUAGAUAAUCCUGACUUAGCAAAGCAACCUACAUAUAAUAAAUGA